CUCAGCCGGCGGAGAGGAUGCGAGGAGCUUUCUUCUCUUUCUCUUCACGGAGCUUUGUUGAACUAGCUGUUGCUGCACAACUGCCGGGAGAAUCCCAUCGGUUUGCGUGGGGACCGCAGAAAGGGUGGUCCCGGGGGCUCUCUGUGUAAAUAAUGCGGUGUUGUGGGUCUUCUCUGCGGGCCACCCAGUUGGAACGUGCGUUCGUAGUUCCCCGUAGUUCCCCGUACAGGCCCGUUUCCCCCCGCCACUGUUGGAGGUUCACUUUUUAUCGCUCAUCGGAGGGGCAACAUCUCCCCCCUCCCUCUGCCGGGUAAGCCGGUGGCCGAUUAUACCCCCUUAUAGCAGAACCAAUUAAAAAAAAAAAACAACAACCUCAAAGGAAAGCCUGUUGAUUGGACGAAGCUUGUCGAAAUUUGUACUGGUGGUUUUCUGGAAAUGUGUGUGGUCAGCCGAUCUGUGCGGUGGUGGUGAGCCGGCUCCGCGGCCCCGCAGGGAGAGGAUUCGAUCCCCAUCCCAGGCCGUCGGGAUCUCUGCAGUUUCCAGAGCUGGCAGGGGCUGUGAGUGCUGCUUAGGUAGGUUCCUGGAGAAGGGAGUGGCAGGAAUUGCGAGUCGCUGCGUUGCGAGAUUGGAGGGGAUCUGCACAAAAAUGACCAGACGGCUCCUGAAGUCAGCCACAGCAGCAGAUUCAGAAACGGGCGGCAGCUGGAUGUGCACCUUUUCCUGCACCGACGGGCCGCUUGAGUUGCUAGAGGAAAGGCUGGAAGAGAACAGGGACCCUUGAACAAGGCUGUCGUCGCCGCCUGGACCAGGAUUUCAGGAUUUCGCUCUCUGCUCGGAUCAAGGGGCUUACUUUGUUCCCUCUUUUUCAGUCCUUGCACAUAUUCUGGAUUGAAGAAACUGGUUAAGGAUUGCUGAGGCUCAGAUGACGGCAAAAAAAAAAAAAACACCACACAAAAUCAUCGUCUGAAACUGUUUUUUCAAUACUUCUCAUUUGGACCUGGAAAAUAAGGAAGUACUAUACCGGAUGCCUUUUGGUUUUUCAGUCAUCACUUUGGGAAUCCUGAAAGCUGUGCCUGAACAACAGCCCCUUCUCCGUAAUCCCGAAGAGUCCCAGGGGAGCCAUCUAACAAUUUGCAUAUUGCAUAAGUACACAUUUUUUGUGAUGACCUGCUUCUGGCUUCCAUAAGCAACGUGAAAUAAUGAACUUGAACUUACGUUGUUUCAUGGCACACUGAGAGGAACAUAAUUACGUGGUCCUGUAGACGGGAAGGAGCCUGGACACAGUGACACAUUCACAAAGGCCCUGCAGGACCGCCAUGGCUUAUGAUGACUCCGUGAAGAAAGAAGAUUGCUUCGAUGGUGACCACAGCUCGGAGGACACAGGACUAGCUGCUGGCCGGAGCCAACGAGAAAAGAAACGUUCUUACAAAGAUUUCUUAAGGGAAGAGGAAGAAAUCGCUGCUCAGGUCAGAAAUUCUUCCAAGAAGAAGUUAAAGGAUAGUGAACUUUACUUCUUGGGGACGGACACGCACAAGAAGAAGAGGAAGCACUCCUCUGAUGAUUACUACCAUGGAGAUAUUUCGUCUUUGGAAUCGUCACAGAAGAAAAAGAAAAAGUCCAGUCCACAGUCUGCCGAUACAGCUAUGGACCUGUUGAAAGCUAUCACUUCCCCGCUGGCCACGGGCUCCAAGCCCUCCAAAAAGACAGGGGAGAAGUCCUCCAGUUCUUCGAGCCACUCAGAGAGUAGAAAGGAACACCACAGGAAGAAAGUAAGUGGAAGCGGUGGGGAACUGUCCCUGGAGGAUGGUGGUUCCCACAAAUCCAAAAAAAUGAAACCGCUCUAUGUGAACACAGAGACACUGACCCUUCGGGAGCCCGAUGGCUUAAAGAUGAAGCUCAUUCUCUCGCCAAAGGAGAAGGGAAGCAGCUCAGUUGAUGAGGAGUCUUUUCAGUACCCCUCUCAACAAGCGACAGUGAAAAAGUCCUCUAAGAAAUCAGCUCGGGAUGAGCAAGGUGCUUUCCUCCUAGGACACGAGUUACAGAGCUUUCUGAGAACAGCCCGGAAGAAGCACAAGUCCAUCUCGGACCCACAUUCCUCUCCUGGCCCCGAAGGUGGUGGGUCGGACGCCUCCCAGUUCCCAGACUCCCACAGCGCUAACCUUGAUCUUUCGGGACUUGAACCUAUUCUGGUAGAAUCAGACUCGUCCUCUGGUGGGGAGCUAGAGGCUGGGGAGUUAGUGAUAGAUGAUUCUUACCGGGAAGUCAAGAAGAAGAAGAAGUCGAAGAAGAGCAAAAAGAAGAAGGACAAGGAGAAGCAUAAAGAGAAGAGACACUCCAAGUCCAAGAGAAGCUCAGGACUUUCGGCCGCAGCAGUGGGAGAGGCCCCAGUGGCUCCCGGCCCUCCUCCCAGCGCCCCGCACGCUGGGGCCACCGCCCCUGCCCUCCCACUGCCCAGCCUCCACACAGAGGGGCACGGUGAGAAGAAAAAGAAAAAAGAGGAGAAAGACAGAGAGAGAGAGAGAGGAGAAAAGCCAAAAAAGAAGAACAUGUCUGCCUACCAGGUGUUCUGUAAAGAGUAUCGCGUCACCAUCGUGGCUGACCACCCAGGUAUAGACUUCGGGGAACUCAGUAAAAAACUGGCAGAGGUGUGGAAGCAAUUGCCAGAAAAAGACAAACUGAUUUGGAAGCAGAAAGCUCAGUAUCUGCAACACAAACAGAAUAAAGCAGAAGCUACAACUGUGAAGAGAAAAGCCUCCUGCUCAGAAGUUCCCGUGAAAGUAAAAGCUUCCCCUGCAGGAGUGCUGUCACCCCAGAAGAAAUCCCCACCCACCACCAUGCUGUUACCAGCCUCGCCAGCCAAAGCCCCCGAGACAGAGCCCAUUGACGUCGCUGCUCAUCUGCAGCUGCUGGGAGAGUCCCUGAGCCUCAUUGGACACCGCCUGCAGGAGACCGAGGGCAUGGUGGCCGUGUCCGGCAGUCUGUCCGUGCUUCUGGAUUCCAUCAUCUGUGCGCUUGGCCCCUUGGCGUGUCUGACCACACAACUACCUGAACUGAACGGCUGUCCCAAGCAGGUCUUGUCAAACACUCUAGACAACAUUGCUUACAUCAUGCCUGGGCUGUGACGGCGACGGGCCCCGGGACAGAGACCUCAUCCUCCCCCACUGCUGGCGUGUGUGUGCGUCGGUGCUCCAGACCGCUGGUCUCCGGGCGCAGGCUUCAAAGUUUUCUAUAUAUACAUAUGCAUAUAUAUAUAUAUGUGAUGUACAAUAUAUACAUAGGACUGUAACUACUUUGCUUUUAAUAAUUUUAUGAAAUGGCAAAGGUUUAGCCAAGAGGAAACCUUGGCAUGAAUAUGGACUUGGGAUUCUUUUUUCUCCUGUGGUGGAUAAAUCUGCCUUAAAAAUCAAUGUAACUUGGGGGCUGGGGGCUUGUUCUGGGUGCCAGGGGCAUCUCUUUAUAUGGACAGCUAAAAAUGUGAUUUUUUUUUUUCCAAACUCAGUUGUACCUCCAGACCCAUCACUGACCAUUUGCCUUACCUGUCUUAUAGUCUGAAACGGAAUAGGAAAAAUUAUGGGAAGAUGCCGGUUGACUGAGAGUGCAGAAAAGCCUUGCAGUGUGAAGUGACCUAGGUAGGAGGGGACAGCCUCGUUUCCAUCUCCCAGUUACUGCAGUGGCGUAGGCGAGCUGCGUAGGGGGUUCAUUCGUUUCCUGCUAUUCCAGUGUCCAUGUCUCAAAUUUUAUCGUCAUCAUCGGUACCAUUAGCAGCCUCAGUAGGGGCCCAGCAGCGCGAAACACCUCGGAGAGAGGGUGAUGCUGUUACUGCACAGCUUGAGCGUGUAUUGUGAGCUGACCCAGAAUACUCCAUUUGCAGAACUAAUUGCUGGUAUCUUCCAUUGGCGGCAUUCACUUAGCCACUGAGUCCUCACAGGUUUUGCUGCUUAGUUGCUUGAUGGUUGUGGAAGAUGAACUUGGCCCAGCAUGGUUCUUGGGUCCAUCCAGUUGGCUCCCCUGGUGGGCGGAUACCCAGUGUUCUGCAUUCCACACGUAAGUGAAUUGCAAAAAACAAAAAAAGUACUCGAUUCUCAUGUAGGUUUAUUUAUGUGCGCGUGUGAAUGUGUGUUUUAAUUAUGUGUAUUUAACUCUUUAAAAUCUCUUAGAUUUUAAUUUAUCCUGUAAAUUUCUGUAUAUAUAAUUUAAUAACAGAAGCCUCCACCAGCAACGGCAUGUGAAAGAUACAGAUUUGUCAUUUCUUCCCUCCUCCUUUCCUCUGAUCCCCUCUGAAAACUCCCAGAUCAUCUACAUUUUAAGGUAUCAUGCCUCAAAAAAUGAAUCAUUAUGUCAGGAUUCUAAUUCUUUAUAAUUCAGUAAUGUCAAGAAAGUAAAAUUAAAAGGAAUGUUACCAUUCCCAGCUCCCCACGUUUCCAGAGAACCAGAAUUUUGCUUCCCAGUUCCAGAGAAGACAGCUGAGCACUUGAAGGUUGUUUUUCAAUUUGGUGUGAGGUUCCGGCCAAAACUAAGCUCUGGGGGACUGCGCUUUCUUCCCCUGGCCUAGGCGGGGCACUGCAGCCCCAAAGUAGAUCUUUGGGGACCCUGCAGCCGGCCUGCAUCCUACUUCAUCCCUUCCCUUCUCCCCACCCGUGUGGCACAGGGCUUUGCUCCUGAAGGUGCUCUAGCUGCUGACUGGCCCUCCGCUCCGAGCAAUGGCGAAGUUUAGUUGGGAAAUCAGAAGGAAACGGGUAUGUUUGGGAACCAAGAUCAAGAGCAGAUCUGGGUUUGAUUUCUUGUGUUAGACCUUGUGCCACACCUCAUCUGUUCCCGUGGAAGGUUCCUGUUUGACACAGGGUAUCAAGGAGGGCCCUUGAAGACCUGGGUUAGUACCGAAGAAGUCCUCCAUUGUCAUUCGUGCACAUUAAUGAAAUCCUAAUGAGGACCUGCUUUUUGUUUGUUUGUUUGCCUUUAAAACCCAACCCUAUUGUAUUUGUAUUUAAAUUUGUACACAUUUGUAUAAUAAUCUGUACCUUGUGGUAUUUGGUACUAUUAGAGGAAAAACUUUGGAUUCAGACCUUCUUGCAGUUUUUAUAUCAUUGUUUUAUUUUGUUUUUUAAAUAAAUCCUAGCGGUUUGAUCCAAAUCCCAUUACAGUUGUAUAAAGAAAUAAAAUUUUGUACUUAUAUUAUUAAAAAUCACAUUUUUAAUA